AUGGGAAGCACCGAGAAGGAGUCUUUGUGGGAUGUAUUACAUUUCAUUGCUCUUAAAAACAAAGACUCAUGCCUGUGUAUUCUUGGCGACUUCAAUGCAGUGCGUGAUCCGGGAGAAAGGGUGGGGAAAGGUGUUGUCUUCAACCAAGCAGAUGCAAGGUUUUUUUACGCUUUCAUUCGGCAAAGUAAUCUGCUGGAAAUCAGAACACAAGGGAGAAAGUUUACGUGGUAUCAACCUAGUGGUGGAUGCAAGAGCAAACUGGACAGAUUUUUGGUCAACGAGAGAUGGAUGCAGGAAUGGCCGGACACAGUCGGAAGGGGGCUCCAGAGAUCAGUGUCGGACCAUUGCCCGAUUUUCUUGACUACAAAAACUAAGAAUUGGGGACCCAAACCUUUUAGGUUCCUCAACUCUUGGCUCUCCCACCCAGAUUUUAGUGAGUUGGUAAGGAAAACUUGGGAUGAAGCUAAGAUUGAAGGAUGGAGCUGCUUUGUGUUCAAAGAGAAAUUGAAAUUGAUUAAGUUUGCUUUGAAAGAGUGGAAUCUGAGGAUUUAUGGCAACAUUGAGCACGGCUUGACAGAGCUUAAGGAUGAACUACAGGAGCUUGACAUUAUUGAUGACACCUUUGGUCUUGAUGAGAGCGAGACAAUCAGGAGGAAUGAAUUGCGAGCAAAGAUUAUCCUUAAAUCCAAGGAAAAAUGUAGUCUUCUCCAACAAAAGGCGAAAGUCAAAUGGGUUAAGGAGGGCGAUCUGGAUACUAGUUUUUACCACAAAGCAAUUGUUGGGAGAAGAAAGAAGAAUGAAAUUGCAGGGCUUACUGAUGAGGGUAGCUGGAUCGAGGAUCCAAAGAUUAUUAAGGAGAAGGUCAAAACGUUCUUCGAGAAUCACUUCAAGAAGACGCCGCGCGUCCUACCUACGCUACCGGGAGAUUUCACUGCUCAAAAAAUUUCUACAGCAAGUAAUGCGGAGCUGAUCAAACCCUUUUCGGAAGCAGAAAUUAAAGAGGCCAUUUGGAGCUGUGACGGUGACAAGAGCCCGGGACCAGAUGGCUUUAACUUCAACCUCUAUAAAGUCAUUGCGAAGGUUCUGGCGAAUAGGAUGAAAAAGGUUAUGGAUUCAGUUACUUCGGCAAUUGCGGAGGCUUCGAAGAAGAGAAAGGGGAGGAUUAUCUUUAAGGUGGACUUCGCGAAAGCCUACGACUCCGUCGAGUGGGAUUUUUUGGAUUUAAUGCUUGAAAGAAUGAAUUUUGAGCCAUUAUGGAGAAAAUGGAUCCGAGGUUGUAUCUCCUCGGCGACGACGAAUAUUUUGGUGAAUGGCUCCCCAUCUGGUGAGCGGAGGGGCUCCAUGCACUCUUUGAUUUCGAGAGCUGUAGAGAAGGAGCUGAUUCAGCCGGCUAAGGUGGGAAAUGACAACAUUACAAUUUCGCAUCUCCAAUAUGCCGAUGAAACGGUCUUCUUGAUGGAGGAUGAAGAAAGGAAUGCAGUGGCAAUUAAAAGGAUUCUCAGAGUGUUUCAGCUACUGUCAGGGCUUGCCGUGAAUUUUAAAAAAUAUUGUCUCUUCGGAGUCGGGGUCGAGGAUGGUAAGAUUGAGAGGAUGGCGGCUGUUUUAGGAUGUGAUGUUGGCUCCUUACCUUUCAAUUAUCUCAGUAUUAAAGUGGGCAGCAAGGGCAAAAAGGUCGCUGAUUGGAACUAUUUGGUUGAGAAGCUCUCUUUUACAUAUUUACCAAAAUCAACUGUGAGUUCUUUAAAUGCUUUACUUGGUAAUUUUCUGUGGGGAGGGGGUGCUAGUAAAAGUGUGAUUGCUUGGGUGAAGUGGAAGGUGCUUUGUGCUUCAAAAGUAGAAGGAGGCUUGGGGCUUAAAAAUAUUGAGUGGUUUAAUCAGGCACUUGUUGUUAAAUGGUUGUGGCGGUACCUUAUAGGAAGGGACCUUCUUUGGGCUAGAAUUGUUAGGUCCAUUUAUGGUGAGGUCGAGUGGGGAGAGACAGGUCUGGAAAGCGUGGGGAAAGGUAGAUUUAGAGAGGGGUGGUGGCCGAAGAUUGUUUCUGCGGCGGGUGGUGCGAGCGAUAAUUGGUUUUUUCAAAAUUUGAAGCCAAAGGUGGGGGAUGGGAAGCUCUUUAAAUUUUGGAGUCAUUGGUGGGUUGGUCAAAAGCCUUUGAAGUUUUCUUUUCCUAGACUUUAUCAGUUGAGUGUGAACAAAGAAGCUGCAAUUUGUGAAGUUGGGAAAUGGACCGAUACAGGCUGGUGUUGGGAAUUGAGGUGGAGAAGAGAGUUGUUUGAGAGAGAAAGGAAAGGAGUCUCGGAGCUGGUUAGUCUUGUUUCUGGAAUUAAACUUUGUGCAGGUAACAAGGACGGAUGGACAUGGAAAGGCGACACCGGGAGAGGCUUUUCAACCAAGUCCGCUUAUGAAGUUAUUAAAGAACAAGCAAACGAGACAACGGAGGUGGUGGAGGAAAUUGAUACUAGUAUGAAGAACAUGAGCGUGAGUUGUAGUGGUGGCGGCGCUACUGCUCGGCGUUUGGAUCCGGCGUUGUGUGCAGGAGCGGCGAAUAGAGAUGUUGCGUGGAUAAACGAAGACAGGGACUUGGUGUGA